UACAUGUAGUCUCAGAUAUCAUUUCAUAGCCUUAUCAAUGUUACCCUUGAAAGCUCUGAAUAGUAGCAUGAAAGUAAGUAGUCUAUAUAUACACUCACUUUCCAUAAAUACCACAAGAAUGUUACAACUUCUACAGUUUCAGACUUCAGUUCCCACUAUUAGAAUUUCACAACACUUGCCAGGAUGCUGAAGAGGCUUCCCAAGGUUAUAAAGCUCUAAACAAGAGUAUCAGAAAAGACUGUUUGUGCCUUAAGGAAGAGGAAGUACCUGCUCUGGUGUUGGUGUGUGCCUGAACUCUUGUCGCAGUGUCAGAUGCACUUCCUUAGCUGUUGAUAGCCCACUAACAACAUUAUGAUCGUUGUGUUUCUGAUGGAUUUUGUGCUUUACUGAAUUACAUUGUGGAGCUAGAAAAUGUGACUGGAUGAUGAGAGCUCAGAUAAGAGAGGCUGUGGAGGGUAAUAAAGGCUAGAUCAAAGCAGCAGCUUCACCUCAGAAUGGUUGUUUCUUCUCUAGCACCUGAAAGGGACAGAUACCAGGUUUUGCUGAGAGGUGCUUCUGUUUCUUUCUAGUUAAAUCAGUUUGUUGCAAAAUAACAACAUCAUCUCCACUUUUGAAUGCUACCUCAGUGAACAUUCAGUUAGAGAGGUGAUAGAGAAUUGCUCUCUGGGGGAACAAAAAAGAGCUGUUACCCAAGGUCAUUCUUUCCAAAACACAUACAUGAAGGACAGGGCACAAAGUGUCUGUGCAAGUGGAAAAACAGCGUGUAUGACGCAGUGGAAUUCCCUCUGAAUGUGACAGUAGGUCAUAAGUAGCUUUACAUUUUGGCCCUCAGCAGUGUUUAUCGAUUUGAAGAUACCAGCUGCUUAACAGUCCAGAUUGUUAAACUCAUAAUAUGUUUAUUUGGAUUUAUAAAACAAGUGGGAAUAUCUAGAAAGUCUCAUAUCCUUUGAAAAAAUAAAAUGUAGGUUUUACUUAUUUUAGUAAGCUAGCAGAAGAAAACCUUUUCCAAAGAAAGAAUUAAUUUGCUUUCAGUAAAUUACAUUUUUUCUUCUUAGCAGUCUUGAGGAUAAGCGAACUGCUGUGGAAGCCAACAGACCAUUAAUGACUGGGUUCAGAGAUCUCUGGGGCUCUUCCAGAGAGCAGUGUGCUCUUAACUUACUGUCUUUCAUGCCAGAGAGUGUUCUUAGAGCAGCGGUUUCACAUCCUCUCUCUUGUGCUUGUUUGACCCUUUAUGAGGCUUAUCCAGUGUACAAAGUUGUCAACUUGCUAUAGUUGAAAUAGCUCUGUUGGAGGAAAUGCCGGAGAAAGGUGGGCAUGCUGCAGUCGGUGGGUGGGUCCUGCCUCUCAGAUGAAGAGGCCUGUCCUGAGCAGCCAUUUGGAAAUACUCUCUCAGAUAUAUGCAGAGUCUGUCGGUCUGAAGGAACUCCUGAGAAACCUCUCUAUCAUCCAUGUGUGUGUACUGGGAGUAUUAAAUUUAUUCAUCAGGAAUGCUUAGUUCAGUGGCUUAAACACAGCAGAAAAGAAUACUGUGAAUUAUGUAAGCACAGAUUUGCUUUCACACCAAGUCGUAUCUACAAGUGCUUGUUUACUGGCUCUGUGAGCUCACUACUGACACUGCCAUUAGAUAUUCUAUCAACGGAGAACUUGCUAGCUGACUGUUUGCAGGGGUGUUUUGUGGUAACUUGCACUCUGUGUGCAUUCAUCAGCCUUGUUUGGUUACGUGAACAGAUUGUCCAUGGAGGAGCACCACAAUGGUUGGAACAAAAUCAGCAACAGCCACUCAAUGGUGUUGGUCAACCAAAUGAGGCUCAGGCUGUUGUCAAUGGAGGUGUUGAAAAUGCUGUGCUGGAUCAACCUGCUAACCCAGCUGCUGAGAAUGCAGUUGUAGGUGAGAACCCUGAAAUUCAAGAAGAACAAGUAGAUGAAGAGGAGGAGGAUAAUGAAGAUGAAGAAGAUGCUGUAGUUGAAGAUGCAGCAGAUGCAAACAAUGGAGCACAAGAUGACAUGAACUGGAAUGCUUUGGAAUGGGAUCGAGCAGCAGAAGAACUUACUUGGGAGCGAAUGCUUGGACUUGAUGGAUCUCUGGUUUUUUUAGAGCAUGUUUUUUGGGUGGUAUCUUUAAAUACAUUGUUCAUACUUGUGUUUGCAUUUUGUCCAUACCAUAUUGGUCACUUCUCCAUUGUUGGCCUGGGCUUUGAAGAAUAUGUUCAAGCAUCUCACUUUGAAGGCCUGAUUACAACUAUAGUCGGAUAUGUUCUGCUAGCAGUGACUUUAAUUGUUUGCCAUGGUUUGGCAGCUCUUGUUAAGUUCCAGCGAUCACGUCGUUUAUUAGGAGUUUGCUAUAUUGUUGUCAAGGUUUCCUUGUUAGUAGUGGUUGAAAUUGGUGUGUUUCCUCUCAUCUGUGGCUGGUGGCUGGAUAUAUGCUCUUUGGAGAUGUUUGAUGCCACUUUGAAAGAUAGAGAAUUGAGCUUUCAGUCUGCCCCAGGUACCACAAUGUUUCUGCACUGGUUAGUUGGGAUGGUUUACGUCUUUUAUUUUGCAUCCUUCAUCCUUUUAUUGAGAGAGGUAUUGAGACCUGGUGUCUUAUGGUUUCUCAGGAAUUUGAAUGAUCCAGACUUUAAUCCUGUGCAGGAAAUGAUUCACUUGCCCAUUUAUAGACAUCUCAGGAGAUUUAUCUUAUCAGUGAUUGUCUUUGGAUCAAUUGUACUGCUCAUGCUCUGGCUUCCUAUACGCAUUAUUAAAUAUCUUCUGCCUAACUUUCUUCCAUAUAAUGUUAUGCUUUACAGUGAUGCUCCAGUAAGUGAGCUUUCCCUAGAGCUUCUUCUGCUUCAGGUAGUGCUUCCAGCUUUGCUAGAACAAGGACAUACAAGACAGUGGUUGAAAGGUCUUGUACGAGCAUGGACUGUUACUGCUGGCUACUUGCUGGAUCUCCAUUCUUACCUGCUUGGUGACCAGGAAGAGAAUGAAAACAAUGCAAACCAGCAAGCUAACAACCAGCAUGCUCGCAAUAAUAAUGCCAUUCCAGUUGUGGGGGAAGGUCUUCAUGCAGCCCAUCAAGCCAUACUUCAACAAGGAGGACCUGUGGGUUUCCAGCCUUAUCGUAGGCCUUUAAAAUUCCCGCUCAGGAUAUUUCUUUUGAUUGUUUUCAUGUGCAUAACAUUACUGAUUGCUAGUCUUAUCUGCCUUACCUUACCAGUGUUUGUAUUUUCAGUAUUUGCUGGCCGUUGGUUAAUGUCAUUUUGGACGGGGACUGCCAAAAUCCAUGAGCUGUAUACAGCUGCAUGUGGUCUUUAUGUGUGUUGGCUAACUAUCCGAGCAGUGACAGUGCUGGUCGCCUGGAUGCCACAGGGUCGUCGAGUGAUUUUUCAGAAGGUUAAAGAAUGGUCUCUCAUGAUAAUGAAGACAUUAAUAGUGGCUAUACUGCUAGCUGGUGUGGUUCCGCUUUUACUUGGUCUUCUGUUUGAACUAGUUAUUGUUGCACCUUUGAGAGUUCCUUUGGAUCAAACACCUCUCUUCUAUCCUUGGCAGGACUGGGCUCUUGGAGUUUUGCAUGCCAAAAUAAUUGCUGCCAUAACACUGAUGGGUCCCCAGUGGUGGCUGAAAACUGUUAUUGAACAGGUAUAUGCAAAUGGGAUUCGUAACAUUGAUUUACACUUCAUAAUUCGUAAACUGGCAGCACCCGUAAUCUCUGUUCUGUUGCUUUCCCUGUGUGUACCAUACAUCAUAGCCUCUGGUGUUGUACCUUUAUUAGGAGUUACUGCUGAAAUGCAAAACCUUGUUCAGCGACGAAUUUAUCCUUUUCUGCUUAUGGUGGUGGUUUUGAUGGGAAUUCUCUCCUUCCAAGUCCGCCAGUUCAAGCGCCUUUAUGAACAUAUUAAAAAUGACAAGUACCUUGUCGGGCAACGACUUGUGAAUUAUGAACGGAAGUCUGGUAAACAAGGCACAUCAACUACUCCACCUCAGUCUUCACAAGAAUAGAUGGUCAUAAACAUCUUGACCUUCCCUUUGCCUUUACAUGUCCUUUUUUUUCAUAGACUCUUCUUCAGUCUUUGAAUAUCUCUUCCAAUAAUGCUCUCAGCAGUGUUUUGGCUUCUGUUAAUAGCAUCCAGAUAGCAGUUAAGGCUCUGUUCCUUAUCUGCAUUUUUCUGAUGUUAUCAAUGCUGUCUGAGGUCUGUAUAUGUGUAAAUAGAAGUAUCCUGACACCCUAAAACCUUGGAUUAAAAAGAAUGUGCAUUGUACAUCUUUAAAAAAGUAUAUUAAUUUAUUAAAUCUAGUUGUCACUUUAUUUUGGACUGCUGUUCUGUUGACAAUGUGCCACAAAGCAAUACUGCAAAGAGGCAAGAUGUUUUUAUAAAAUUUGGAGCUUACUUUAUGGCGUUCAUAACAGUUCUUACUGUAGUAAUAUAGUAUGAGUUUUCAUGAGUGGAAGAACCACACAGAAUAUCAGAAGUAAGUAACUGUCUUACAGUCAGCAAUGAAGUGGCUGUGGUGAGAACAUAAUGAACUAUGUAUCUUGCUGUCAAGUCUUUUUUAUUAUUUUGUAUAACACCAAAGCUGUUGUACAUUUUUCUAUUGCCUGAUUGUUUUUCAUGUGUCUGAGUUUGUAAUAUUGUACAGUUGCUGUUAAAUCAAGAAAAUACUUCCUCUUCUGAGAAUUCAGAUGUACUUGUUGAGACUCAGCUGGGUGUUUCUGUUGGGGGAGAUUGGGGGGGGGACGGACACAAGGGGGGUGGUAUCGGCUUUAGGCAUCAGGAUUUCCUGAACUGAAACAGUAAAUAAUUUACUAAGGUUAGGUGAUGGAAGCAUUUAAAGGUACCAAGGAUUAGAUAGGUUCAUAACUGAAAUUGUAGCCAAUUUCUUAUCAAUAAUAGAAAUUUUCAGGACCUCAGGGGGAGGGAUGAACCUUAUCUGAUGUGUUUGCACAAAAACAACAGAGUGUAAGCACCAUUUUGACCUGGUCCUUAACUAAAGAGCCUGAAAUCUUUUUUUUCUGUAAGUUACCAAAGUUGCAAAUUUUAGUAUGAAUUUUAUAUUGCACAGUUACUUCAAA